AUGUUUGCCAAAGCUGCAGCACAGGUGUCUGUGCCCCUGACAAGGGGUCCGUACCCGCUGAGGGUCGUUGAUGCGAAGUUGAUCCAAUUCAAGUCUGCUAUCUACUCUUUACAAGAGCUGUUACGGGUUCUGGUCAUUAUUGAAAAGAACUUGAAACCUAAGGCGAAGGGCACUGUCUCGGAGGGCGAGUCCGAGGAGAAGUCCGCCAAAAACACGAUCAUCCCGCUGAUCACUUAUGUGCUGUCCCUCUGCGAGGGCCAUGUGUUCAACGUGCAUCCAACGAUUAGGAAAAGGUACAACGGGCUGUAUCUAUUCAAAUUUUACAAGCUUGCUGAGGUGACCACGCAGUUGAAUGCGCAGUCAGUCAUUUUACGUGUCGAUUUCCCUCCUGUGGUGCCCGAUUCCUUCGAGGAGUACCAAAGGAACGUCUACGACAUUGAUUUGCAAUGGAGGCUCUUAAGCGGGUUGAAGACAAUUGCAGUCAACGCCAUGACGAUAUACAAUAAGAAGCUGAGGCAGCUGCAAUUAGAGAAGGCUGCCAGCAUCAACAGGCCUUACCAAAUGGCGGACAAAUCUCCUCCCUUCAACAUUGCCGAGGUUGACGACCUGGUUAGGCCGGCAGAGUUGGCAUUAGCGUUGGAUUUUGCUGUGUUGAUUAACGAUAAAGAGAAGGACACAUCCUUAACCUCAUUCCUGAAACUGCAAUGGCAAGUCACGGACAAGUUCGUUGUUUGCUUGAACAGGAAGUUGUUGCCCCAUUUCAGAACCUAUUACAAUCAUCUGAGUAAAUUUUGUUCUUUGGAACCAAGCUCUGCCAAUAAGGAUCUCUUGCCCGGUUUCCACUACACAUUGCAUCGAAUAUAUGCCAUGUUGCUGAAAUUCUAUAAUAUUCUUUCCAUCAUGAUCAGUCUAACCAAACAAAUUUAUUUGCCCAACAGAAAAUACUUCCACGAUACCAAGAUAAAGCUGUUGAGUAAAAACGUGUUUCAAUACGAGGAGCUACUAAGCAGAUUGGACGAUCUCUGCGUCGCAAAGAACAAACACUUCACUACUUUCGCGGACAAUUUGAGCGCAUUUUCAGAGUCAGGCAUCAAAACGUCCAAUACCAUCAUCAAACAGGUGUUCAAGGAUUCUGUCUCCAGAGACGUGCCCUUUGUUAGAAAUACAUUACGCAACAUGUCCUCUUGGAUGGUAAUGUGGAAAUUCAUAAGAAACAACACAGAGUCCCUAGAGAAGAUAUCUAAAUUGGAGAGUACCCGUUUGGAAAAGAUGUUAGAGGAAAGGAGAUCUGUCGAUAAACUUGCACACCUUGAGAAGAUAAAUAAAGCGAACAAAGACGGCAUGUUCUCUGCUAAUUCUUCCUCAUCAUCGUCGGUCCUCUCCUCUACAGUAUCUUCUUCCAUAUCGUCAUCACCACCAUUACCCUGGGACGUCAAGUUACUGAAUGGCAAGGACGGGUUCCAGCCACCUAACAUUAAGAUAAGUGUACAUCCCGGAUCCGACACAUCGACGUCGGCACCAUCGUUAUCCCCCGCGAAUACAAGCAGGAGGCCGUCCAUGGAUCGACAGGGCAGGUUGGCACAAUUGGGGAUGUCGCCAAUCGUCAGGGGCGCCCCCAGACAGAGGCAGUCCGCAACUGGGUCUCCCCGAAUGUCCAGGAGGUCCUCUGUGGCUGAAAUGAAGCCCGGCGUCAAAUCGCGGCUGGCCGUCAAUACCACGGAGGCGAAACAGACAGCAAAUAACGCUUCUGCGAAUACGAAUAGUAAGAAGACUACAACUGGUGGGAGACCCAGAUCGUCCUCCUUACAAUCUCCAGCUCCAUCGUACAACCCAAAGACAGCCAAGAUCGGUAGUAACGGACUGGCCGCGAGCCCCGCAAAGAGGUCCAACUCCUUGGAGGCGAGUGACGCCCUAAACCAGAAGUUGGUGCAGGAUACGAUGCGGACAAUAAUGAGCAGCGAUAUGAGCAGGCACGUGGGGAACGGCUCUGGGAUGAACAGUGGCAAUAGGUCCCGGUCAUCCAGUGUGAACAGCGAUACCGGGUUGGGUGGGCCCGUAUCGCCGAUGACGCGUUCGAAACAAACGAGACCACCGGCAAAUCACAACGGCGUGGCGUCUGUAUCCUCUCCGUUGUUGAAGAAGAAUGGAGGAGAUGACCACGAAACGGAACGGUCGGGCAGCAAACCAGAGAGACUAGUUUUCUACAAUGGGGAGAAGGACACUCCAAAGGGGGCUCAAAUGGACCGGGAUGCGGAAGAGGAUACAACCUCUGUGAAGAAAGUCCGGUUUGUCGGCGUACCGCCGAUGACGGAAGCUGAGAACCCGCAACCCAAGAGGAAAGGCUGGUAUAAGAAGCCUUCCGUGCUUCACUACCCUCCUAUCCCCUCGCAGAUCAACAAUGCUCUCCGUUUGAAGUUUAACAGGGAAGGUGUCGUGUUCCGGACGUCGUUGCGAGAGUCCCUUGGCGAAGGUGCCAGGCGUGCAGAAAACGUGGGCUCAAGCAUGCUCCUCAACUUGGACGAGGGACUCGGCGUGCUGCGGGACAACACGAGCGGCAGACUCACCACAAAGAUUCGCGAGAAGCUGAGGUAA